CGAAGGGGGGCGAAAACAAGAAGAGUUGGCUGACGAACAAUGAAAAUAAAUAUUGUCGCUGGUGCAAAUCAGGCUAGUGUUUGUUUUGGGCCAUAGUUAGCGAGAGUUGUUUGGAAGCGCAAGUAUUAUUUUGACAUCCUCACGGAUGAUAUUCUCACGCUUUCUACUUCACAAACUAAGCCGACACUGUCAGAAGAGAUGGAGUUAAAGAAGGAUCACUUAUUUAUGGAAAUUUUGAUCUUAACAACCUUCGUUCAACUGUGUUUGUCAGCGAAGAACAAGUUAGUCCUUAGACCUGUCGGGAGGGAAUAUCAGACAGUUGUUCCAAAAUUAUCCGGAGGUAAGUACUAUGGUGUAAGUUAUGUUAUUCAGGUUCAUUUUUUUCUAUUUCCUAAACGCUGGUCCUUAAAGCCCUUGCGCUCGUUUGACAUUUAGACACGAAAGUUCAAUGUUCUAAAUUGUUGUUGAAUUAGCGAUUCGAAUAUCCACGAAUUACUAUAAACACAAACGUUUGGUACCUCAUAGCUCACACAGAUCACCCUUAUUCUGAGGGAGAUAGACUUUCUCGUGGUGCAUUCAUAACCCAAACUAAAGCGAAGUUUGUAUGAAAGUUGGAAAUCAACGAGUUAAGUUCCGCACUAAACAUAGCCAUUAUUUUCCCUAAUUUUCUCGCGAAUUGUUGGUUCUUUUUUCCUUGUCGUUCCAAACUUUCCAAGCAUGAGGCCAGUCUUACCGGACAUGGGAAGGUAGACAGCGAGCUUUACCACAAGAAUUUUUCAGUAAUAAUUAGCUACAUGCUUGUGAUACCAUUUUUCGCGGUAUAUUAGUUGAAGUUUUAUUUUCCGCGUUCUAGGUUAAUCGAUUUAGGUCGCCACGCUCGUAAAACUCGCGUUUAGGUAUCAUCGAAAUUGCGUGAACUAAACAUUUUCACAGCAACGUAACUGCUUUGAAAAUAAACGUCUUAUACCAUUAACUCAGACAUCAGCUACUUAAGGAAUCAUGAUAGUGGUCGAGUGUUCAAGUGCUGGAAAAUUCAAUAGAACAUUUACAAAAUUGUGUCUCCGAAAUCCGCUCAUUCCGGCUUUACUAAAGAAAAUUGAUACUUUUUGCUUCCUUUACUUGAAUUCUUAAACAUUGUACUUUGACCGCCAAAAAAAAAGGUCGUAGGUGAUAGUAGCAGUAGUAGUAGUAGUAGUAGUAGUAGUAGUAUACUGGUUCGCUGUGCACAUCACUCUGUGUUGAUUCUCCUACCUUGUAAAGUAGUGUGCCAUGAAAAUAACGACAGUUGCCCGGCUAAUCACUAUCGAUUGAAAAGCUGACUGGUUUUGAGAGGUUGCCUUUCGUCAUUUUUUUCUCCGCCACCGAUUCGCGAGACUGCACAAAUCCAACCACCGUGACCAAAGUUUUCUUCAAAAACUAAUUCUGACUUGCAGGCAACAUGCCAUGACAUUUUGAGCCGUUAUAGUCGAUGCGGAUGCCUUCAGUGAAACGGUUACUUCGUUGAGGAGUGUUGUUCUUUACCACUGUAAAUUUUUAUCGCUCUAACUUUGAACCUUCAGAAAUGUCUAAGGUACGGUAGUUAUCAUUCCUGCAAGGCUGUUUGUUAUGCCAAAACGGCGGGAUCUCAGUGUUGGAUAUGUGGGUGAAACCGCAAACUGAGUUGUGCGAUUCACAGUGAAAAUGCCGCUAAUAAAACUUUUACUGUAUAAUGUUCUCAACUUUUCCCUUAUUCGUGCAAAAGUUUCAAAAUUUUGGAAUUUUUCUUUCAAAAUGUGAACUUUGCUCGUCUUUGGUUUAUAAAGGCUAACUUUUGAAUUUACUAAGAACAGUGUGCUUAAGUUACCCAAAACAAAAAAUCUUAAAAGAAACCGGCACUUGAAUGAUCUCUAGUGUUCCAUUUUGUUCCUUUGACAGGUUGUAUCUUUGGUAGUCUGCACUAUAACAUUGGAGAUUCUUGGAAUCCUGAUAUCCCUCCCUUUGGAGUCAUGUAUUGCGUGAUUUGCACGUGCAACAAGGUGAGGUUUGAUCUUUUUUUCCAGGGUGUGUUGGAUCGAGCGAGUCUUACGUUAAGGUGUAGCGCAUGGUUCCAGCUUUAGAGUCUUUGGAGGAGGAAAUUACUGCGGAGGGACCAUUCAAGUUGAACCUAUUCCGGCUAGUACUUUCACAUGGCACUCUCUAUUUUUCAGCAUUUCAAGUAAUGAAAUUUGGUAACUUUGUUGAAUUAUCUUUUGACUUUGGCCACUUUUUAUAGAGUGCAAAAGGUUAAAUAAAACACACGGCUCUUUAAAAAACCGUCCGAAGUGAACCGAAAGCAGACGAGUACGUAGAAAAGUACACGUUGGUUUAAAUGACUGCAGACCAUCUUGAUGUGAAAUUCUGUACGUGUUCAACAUUUCAAUCAACUUCUAUCCUGCUAGCACGUUUCGUUCUUGCACAGCUUUUAGUAUUUCUGAAAAGUCGUCCCGCACAAGCCAACUACGCGACAGACAGCGACGCCGAAGACUUCGUAAAUGCUAAAAGCCACACAGGAAAGAACCUCUGCUCCUAAGGGUAGUUAAUUUACUUCCAGUAUCGUAGAGGUACGUCAGUAGAGGACAACCCGUAGAAACAUAUAUUUUGCAGUACUUUCACGGGUCUUUUUUUAAGUAAUAGACAAUACCAAAUUUGGGGCGAAAUUCCUUGAAUUUGACUCAACCUUUUCUGAGAAUACAAAAGGCUAAAGAACAUUGGAUCAUGCUUUUCAGAUAAUAGUCUGGAGAUCGCACGUGUCUUACUCUACCCUGGAUAAGAAAUAUCAGAUAACAAAAGGAGCUGAAGAUAAAACAUGCAAAACUACAUGUAGCAUUUGAACAUGAAAACGUGCUACCUAGUUUAAAAGUUUGAGAGAUAUCUAUAUAAAAGUACUCUCCAAACCCAUUCCUGCAUAACCCAAAGUCUUUUCGGCAGGAUCUUACUAAAUGAGAUGUGAUAAUCAUAGCCUAAUCCUUGUCUGGACGUUUGUAAGUCAAAAGGCUAUAACACUUAAGAGAAGAUUAAUCGCAUUUUUAUCGAAAAUAGUGCAAUUAAGGCUUCGAUUGUGACGACGGAUCUCCCAGCGAGCUAAAUUAACCUGCCGGCGGAUUGCCAACUCCUGCUAUCUUCCCAAGCAGUUUGGACCCCCUCAUUUCUUUGUCAUUUUAAAUUAACACCAUAAUGUUUAUNUGCUUUUCAGAUAAUAGUCUGGAGAUCGCACGUGUCUUACUCUAUCCUGGAUAAGAAAUAUCAGAUAACAAAAGGAGCUGAAGAUAAAACAUGCAAAACUACAUGUAGCAUUUGAACAUGAAAACGUGCUACCUAGUUUAAAAGUUUGAGAGAUAUCUAUAUAAAAGUACUCUCCAAACCCAUUCCUGCAUAACCCAAAGUCUUUUCGGCAGGAUCUUACUAAAUGAGAUGUGAUAAUCAUAGCCUAAUCCUUGUCUGGACGUUUGUAAGUCAAAAGGCUAUAACACUUAAGAGAAGAUUAAUCGCAUUUUUAUCGAAAAUAGUGCAAUUAAGGCUUCGAUUGUGACGACGGAUCUCCCAGCGAGCUAAAUUAACCUGCCGGCGGAUUGCCAACUCCUGCUAUCUUCCCAAGCAGUUUGGACCCCCUCAUUUCUUUGUCAUUUUAAAUUAACACCAUAAUGUUUAUUUGUUUGGAAAAGCAUUCAAUCGCCAAUUAAAAUAAUCUCAAGAACAAAUAUUAACAAUAGCCUUUGUUGUCAUUGAUAGAUAACAAAAUAAUUUUCCUGGACGGCUGGAAACAGCUGCCUGUGGUCGCAUUUUAAGACGUCUUUCAGAGCUAAGCCUGUGACCAUAUUUUUUUCAAGAAUCAUAACCUUUCUGUAGUUAGCAGAGAACUUCCGCGUCGCUAAAUCGAUUGUUAUCAAAGGAAGUUUAUUUGUUGUAGUGACUAGCUCCGUAAGUGCAAGAAAGCGUGUUCCGUAUAAACAUUAAUUCUCACCACACGCAAAGCGACCGCAAAAAGAGGGGAUUAUUGCUAUUCAAAACGGACGUUUUGAAUUCAACGCGUUCUUUGUUUGAAGAGACACGUAUUUGCCAAUACGUGCACGUGAAAAAAGCAGGGAUCAGUCAUUUUGUGUAACAACACGCGAGGAGACUGAGAGGCCAACUUGAAGCGACUGGUGUUUUGAGAAACAGGCUAAGCGCUUAAGAUUAUUGAACGCCUUUAUAAGUCAUUCUGUAUUGUACGAAUACUGUAUAGACAGUACAGCAUUCCGUCGGCGUAAUAGUCACUGAUGUGCGCUUUCGCGGCUAUACAUUAACGGAAUUCUCUUAUAAAUGGGUGUGGAACUAUUGCAAUCGCUGAGAUACAGCAACUUUGGAAUUGUGUAUUAAACACUUCUCAAUCCGUAAAAAUAUGUCGUGCAAAGAAGAAGCAUCUUGCAAAAGGAUAUGCGAAAGUAGCAGGAGUACAUUUGUUCUUAACCUUUGACUUUGCCCGACAGUCUCUCAGGCCAUAACAAUAAGUUCCUUAAUUGAACUACGUGUUGGAAAGACACUACUAUCUCUGUUUUUAAUAGUUUAUUGAUAUUGAUGCCAGUCCAACUUUCGAUGAAGCAGCUCAAUCGGUAGUUUUCCAUUCUGUAUGGCACGAUGGUUUGGUAAAACCCAGAGGCUUUUUCACACGAGAGAAACGCCUAAAAACAAGGCAUUGAUUUUCCUGUCUACGGACGAAAGUAGCCAAGCAUAAAUGACCCAAUAGAAAUAUUAUCCACUCUGAAAUUCUGCCAUGCAAUAGCAAAUUCCAUCAUCAAGUUAGUGUCUCAUCACCUGUGAAAGACUGAGCAAACGAUUAGGCCAUGCUAACAGUCUAUAAUAAAGAAAGGAAGAUGAAAAUUCAAAAGAGUCAGUAAGCCUUGAAUUUGACGGCAGAGUUUAUCGUUGAUAUCCACAUUUACUGCGCUAAUAAGAAACAAUUUUAUGACGCUGUAAGAUUCAUGCAAUUUACAGAGUUACCGAAAAAGUAACUGAAGGCUAAUCAUCCAGUUUAACCCUUAACCAUAAACUUAAGUGCGAGACCCUAAAACGCAGUUCUCAGCCGUUAAUGGAAGCAUUCUUUGUUUCUUCCUCCUGUAUUUGUAGUUUACAGACUGAAGUGAUUGACGCGUCUGCCGUUUUAUCUCAGGAGAAAAAAAACUCUUGUAUUAGGUACCCAGGGUUGGUCUGGAACCGGGUAUGGUUUUCAAGGGAACGACGGGAUUGUGUGAGGUUAUUUGUCGUUUCAAUUCCAAAUGAAUAAGAAAGGAAGAUUAAUAUGCGAAUUCGAAGUGAAUUUUAAGGAAUCUUUUAUUUCGCGUUCUAAUCUAGACCUAGACAUUUUUUCUUAGAGACCAGGUCUGAAAACGGGUGUGAAAAAUGCCAUGUUUUGGUCUCAGUCUGGAGAACCGGCGGCACACUCCCGCCAAAAAUUCCCAGGAGUAUUCCCCAAGGCUAAUUCAGCGUCUUUCUCAUACAAGAUUUCUUUUUAUUCGCAGGUGUCAAAUUCCGAGACAGUUGGAAAAGUGGCCUGUCGUAAUAAGCGACACCGCUGUCCAGCAACAUCUUGCGCAAGGCCGCGAAUUGAGAAAGGCCAAUGUUGUGCAUCUUGCCCCGACGGUAAGAAACUCGACUCAAGAGCCCAUUACGCUGGAGCGCUCACUAUCUUGUUCCUAGGGUGUUAGCGUUUCAGGCUAUUUAUAGGUUCACGCUUUCCCGCCAAAAACCUUACAGCCAAUUAGAUCAGAGAAGGGUUUGUAGCAAAGUCGCAUGAAAUGAGCGUUAUUAAGCUCCCUGAGGGCUCGCUCGCUAGAAGACGAUAGACGCUUUGGGGCCGCGCAAAAGGGUUAUACAAACCUAUCUUCCUUACAAUUACCGAGGCGAUCGUGGUCGCGCUUCCAUCACUAAACGUCUCCAUUUUUCACAAUCUGCCCGGCAUAGCAUCAGGCCGAAGCUGGUCAUUGUUCAAACCUUAUCUUCUGCAUCAGUUCUUCGCCAUUUGAUGCGCUUUGAACAAAUAUAUAAUUAUCAUUGUAUGGGAGUUACCAUAGCUAAAAAAACUGUAUUAAAAGAAAAAACAGUAAAAUACUAUGUUCUUCACCAUACUCAUGUUGUAUCAUUUUCGGUGCCAAUUUAAACCUGAAUUGGGAACACUAAUAAAACUUAGACCAUAGGGAAGAGGAAACAAAUGAUCAAGUUCUUAAACCUUUUUUACAUUUUUAGAGUUUGUGUCUUUGCUGACGACACGUGGAGUCUCCAGUACCCCACAAAAUGGACUCGCACGCGCACACUUCACUUUGGUGAGGAGCUCCCUUCACAUCUCAAUUCGCUAUGAAGGGUAAGGAUUACUCUCUUAUUAAAUAUGCAUCUUAUUUUGUCUUUCGUUGGAUAAAGAGGUUGAUGAUGCCUUUCAAACCAGGCUACCUUCAAUACGCCAUCGAUCGAAUUUUUCGACCGGCUGGAGAAUUUGACGAGAGACGUCGUUUACACGGGACCGUUCAAGAAUUGUCAACCGGUUGAAAAUUCGUCCAGUGCAGUGUGAACAUAGCGUUAUUGUUCAAUUUCAUGCACCAAAACAACCGAACAGUAUUGGAAAUUGUAACGCUUACAAAAUAUUUAAAUAUUUUAUGUUUAUUAUUUAUUUGUUUGUAUAUUUUUGUCUAGAUCACGCAAACCCCGCAUGGCGUCUUUUUUGGACCCUGAAGGCUCAACGAUAAAAGAGCUUAAUAUUCAACGGAAAGCCAUAAAUGGAUCUCAGGUGCGUUGAUUUAUUUUAUCGCAAAUAUAUAAACAAGCUCAUAGUGUNCAACCGGUUGAAAAUUCGUCCAGUGCAGUGUGAACAUAGCGUUAUUGUUCAAUUUCAUGCACCAAAACAACCGAACAGUAUUGGAAAUUGUAACGCUUACAAAAUAUUUAAAUAUUUUAUGUUUAUUAUUUAUUUGUUUGUAUAUUUUUGUCUAGAUCACGCAAACCCCGCAUGGCGUCUUUUUUGGACCCUGAAGGCUCAACGAUAAAAGAGCUUAAUAUUCAACGGAAAGCCAUAAAUGGAUCUCAGGUGCGUUGAUUUAUUUUAUCGCAAAUAUAUAAACAAGCUCAUAGUGUCGGACUGAUUAGUAAUUCUCCUUUCUGACUCCUAUAUAUUUGUUUGGAUGUUAAAUAAGAAAAUUCGGGGUUCUGUCAAUGUAACAUCCUCUGGCUGAUAAAAUUGUCUUUUCUCUCCACCUCUAUAUUCGACAAUGUAUUGAAUAUUUUAAGGAGAAGUUAUAUGCCAAUCACUUCUCGGAGGUAAAGGAUUAAGAACGAAUACGUUAUUUUUGACACUAUUUCAAUUGGAAGCGAGAGGUAAUGGAUAAUACUGUUGUAAUUUAUUUUUACUUGUUUUCUACAGGUGUGUCUAGUAUGGAAUCAACUCAAUAAUAAGCAGAUCGAAUCUCUCAAACGGGGAAAAUUGAGCUUCAUGUUAAAACUCAAAAGGCAAAACGCAGCAGCCCUUGUUGGGGACAUUACAUUGUACAAAUCUUACUCAGAAGGUAGGUUGUUUAUCUUGAGAGUGCCAAAUAGGUGCGUGCCAUCUUAAGUGACAGGUAGUGGUGUUGUGUGUGUCAUUGCUUUAGUAACCGGAUAAUUCAGCUAAGAACAGUUACACGGGACAAGUCCAUUUAAUUCCCAGAAUGCUCGUUACCUUUGUCCACUAACCUGAGGCCCCCGUUGCCUGUUCCGCCGGACAAGGGAAACGCGGACUCUGGGAACGAGAUUGGGGACAAGUAGGAAAGGGUGCUCUGUUGAUAUAGCCUUGCGUAUGCGUAUGGUAAUGACCAGACGGUGUGGGCGUCCGUUCUGCUGGACAAGUGACACUGGGAUUCUAGAAACGAGAUUGGGGACAGGUGCGAAACGGUGCUCUGCUGAUGCAGCCCUGAGCAUUCGUAAGGUAGUGACGAGACGGUGUUGGCGUCCGAGUAUUGUCAGUUUCUUUAUAAGAGUGUUAUCUUGUCGAUGAAGGGCAGAGGUCAAGAAAUGGACGUGGUUGGGUUGCAGUUUUAAGAGGUCAAGACUACAAAACGUGCAAAAUAGAAUGGCAUAUUUUUAAAGAAAUGGGUUUGAUUGGUGAGGCGCAUAGACACCAAACGUUUUUAUGAAUAGUUCACUCAUGGAUGAUGUUUUGUAUUUGAAUGAGUCAGAUAUCGAAGCAAAUACAUGCAUACGACUCCAAGCCGAGAAAAUGCACGGGAUCGUAACAAAGAGGUCAAGAUAUAUUGAAACACUGACGGGAUUAUUCCAAAACUUAGUGUCACUUCAGAUACCCCUCUCAAUGGCCCACUGAGACUCGGUUCUCAACCAAAUUACACGCUGUUCUCAAGAUGGCGCGCACAAGAGAGUCCCUAAUGAUAGAAACAUGGCAUCUACAAGUGCUUUUUAUAUAAUGCAAGUGCUAAGUUCUCAUGUAUUGUUUGUGUUUAUCAUGGUUGUAUUGUUUGUUUUUGUGUGAUCGUUGUUUGCAGUAAAUGCUGAUUUUGAUAUUUGCUCUGUUAAAACAGUUUAUUGUUUUAAUCACUGUUUAAUGGCAUUUUCUUUUUGUGUGGAUAAUAUAAAAGGGGUCAUAAGGUUGUUUAUUGGGGAUCAAGACAUGGGUGUUGGUUGACCUUUUUGAUAGUUUUUCUCAUAAGUUGGCAAUUUUAAAUCUAACCAGUCACUGCAUUGAUAGCUCAGUCGUUAGAGCGUUGGACUGUGGAGUGGUAGGUUGCCUGUUCGAUCCCCAGGGAGGGGCCAAUACUCAGAGUCCUAAAAUAACUUGGGACAAUGGCAAACCAUUUCCCCUGCACAGAUUCGGCCUUUCUCGUGACUACAGAGGGAAUGUAAUAUAUAAAAAAGCUCUUUUAUUAAACUUUGUUGUAAAUACACUGACUAUUAAUUAAGACCUUUUUUCCUCUGGUACUUAAAGGAUCGGAUUAAGCCAAGUAAAUUUUAGCUCGAAACCUACUCUCUGUCUCCAAGUACGUGCGUGAUCGAUGCAAGGAUACUGGUGCCAUCGCUGUUUUUCUAAUUCUCUUAUUAUUUUCUCUCUUUGCUGAAAAGAUAAGAAAAGUGCUGUUUGUAAUAUCGAUGAAAACAAAUGGACCUCUAUCUUAAUUAUUUCCGUCAGAAUUCCAACUUUCAAGUUCAUUGGAUAUCAUGUCGCGUAAAUUAAACUUUACAGCUAAGUGCAAAAUUGUUGGCCAACAACUCCCAACAUUGUUGGAUGUUACAUGUUGAGUCCGUUUGUACACCCUGUUACAUGUUGUAGCGUUUUGUUGAGAGUUGUUGCGCAAAGUUUGAAACCGGUCAAACUUUUAGCUACCUGCAAACGGAGGCAACAAUGCUGGGAGUUAUUGCGUCCGUUUGCACGUAUUUUAUGUGUUGAAUCAAAUACCGUCAGUUUAGUGAACCUCUUAGAGAUGAGCAUGCAGAUGAAUGCAAAUACAGCUGUUUGAACUUUCCAGUUAAAACAAACGUGUUGUUUACAUUCUAAUACCUAGUUCUCUGACUCUUUGAUCUUUUAAACGAAAGUUCUCUUCAGAUUGGGCCGGAGUUUUUUAUGAUUGAUCUUGCUAUGUUGUUUGGGAUGUAAGUUAACUUUUGGGCGGAGAGUGGUUCUUAUUUAGAAUCCAAAAGGACUGACAAUUCAAUUCAAAUUAGGCCGCGUCCACACGUAACCGUUUUUGUUUGAAAAAGGGGGAUUUUUUCCUCCAGCUUGGCCUACCGUCUACACGUAUCCGGUAACUGAACGGUCACCGAAAACGCAUCUUUUGAAAAACGCUGGCUUCUCGUCUACGUAUGGACGGACUAAAAUGCAGGUUUUCGAAUUUGAUGAUGUCAUAAACUAUAUACUACAAACAUUACGCAUGCUCUGUGAGGGAUGCUAUCGUUUUUACAUUGCUUAUAGAGCGUUUUCGUGUGGACGGGCGAAAACGAUUCGAAUACGCUACGUGUGGACGCAUAAGGAAAAAAUUUUCCGUUUUCAAAAAUAUCCAGAUACAUGUGGGCGGGGCUUUAGACGUUCUCGUAUUUACAAGCAUUGUUAUCCUACGCUGGUAAUGAGAUUCCGUAAUUGAGAUGACCGCAAACUGUAUACUGGACGGUGUAUGGUUAAGAAACAACUCUAUUAUGACUCUUCCAAAACAAAGUCUAUUAAAAGUGAGUACUUACCAAAACAUUGUUUUUCUUCCAGAGACUUUUGAAGCACUAUUAACGUCAGAAGAUAAAAAGUCCAGCGCACUUGCGUCUUUCAACCUGGCGAGGAGUGGAAAGCUUCUAAAGAUCUACGUUCGCUACAAUGGAAGUCACAAUUUAGGUUUGUGCAAGAGUGGUUUUAUCUUACCUUUAGUUGCAGUGCUUAAACCGGUCAAAGUUAUACAUGUGAAAGCAAGUGCAGAUCCGGCAAUUAAGGUUCUGAGGUCUAUUGCAGCCAACAAGGCUUCCUUUCGAAGUUCUCCUGGCAAUUUGAUUGGGUGUUCGGCUUUACGUUCGCUGUUGCCAUUCCAAUUUCCCAUCGAGCGUCAUAACCAAACGCCAAAAAUUCUUUAGAAAUCGUUUUGGAAAUGGAGGCGUUGCUGUAAAUCACAUUAGCCCCGACAACCCUGUUAAUAGUCACACUUAUCUGGGAUUUUGGCCACAGGCCUUUAAAAACUUUUACUAUGAGUAAACUUUUUAAAGAAUAAUUUUUCAUGUGAUCGUUUAUGAACAUCAAAGUUUCUUAUGCCUUUUCCCCCUAAGGAUCAGCCAGCCAAGCCACGUUCAAGUUAAUAAAGAAAGCCGGUAAUAACAAAGAUUCUCGAAUAUUGAAAAUCAUCGGCCCCGGAGAAGUCAGGAGAGAGGUGCGUACUAUGCUUUAGUCAUCCCCGCACUGUUCUUUUAGGCCCUUUUAGCUGUAGCGCCUUGAACACGAGCGCAAACGUCGUUCCCACCUGUUUUAGGCUCCAAGACAGUAACGGCAAAGAUCGCCUCCUUUCCCUCUUCCCGCUCAGUUUUCCUGUUUUCGCGCCGUCCUUACUGUUUGAGAGCCUGGCACAGGCUACCUAUUCUCCGAUCAGUUCAGAGAUUUUUCUCAGGUCGAGUAUGAGACCAAAGUAGCUGUAGAGAGCUGUAAUUGUAAGAGUACUUCUAUAGCGUUACGAAAAGAGUAAAAUAAAGCUAACCAUUUUUAAAUCAUUGCUUAACCCUAACCCUAAACAGUAUUAGUGUGAGACCAAAACGACAACUCUUUUGCGUUUGCUUUUACUCCUUCUUGUACUAAAUGGCUCCUUCUUUUACUGAACCUAUAGUAAAGAGGGGAUAACGGAUACUUUAUUAUGCACACUUCAUAAAGCAAGGGGGUCUUUGCCAGUAGUAUCUAAUUAAGGCCAUUUCAAGUGAAACUUGUAAUCUGGUUUCUCAAAGUCUUUGCUCAUCGGCUGUAGUUCUUCCGCGGACUCAGAUGGAUACAAGACGAUGAUUUAGAUGCUAAUCGCUGAUUUUAUUCUUUGUUUGUUUUUCCAGAAUUCUAAUUUCAAAACUGCAUGGAUAAAUCCACGUGAACAGACGCUUAAGUGGCUGUCACGUGGUCAUUUAAAUAUUACAGUGGUGUUGAAUACCGCUGAUCAGACUGUUCAACUUACGGGACGCAUAGGCAUCAAAAGAACUUGUAACUGUAAGUUCCAAAGAUUUUCGUGAUAGUAGUAAAAAUUGUCAUUUUCUUAAAACAUUUUAUCCUGUGAUCUGGAAAGCGUGAAUUGGAAGGAACAAGCUCUUUGUAAUUAAGUCGGUAUUGGACAACAAGGCACCAGUUCGCGAUCAUGUCUAGUUGAACGUUGUUGUAGAUGAACACUUGGUGCUCAUAUUUUAUGAAAAAGGAGCUGAAACUAUAUACGGAGAUGCGACGCAGAUUCCAUCGUCUACUCGUACACAAGUACAAAGUUCAAAUCUAACUAAACCGAAAAACGAUGAUGGGUAGAAUAAAAGAUUACACCCUGAUGCAAAAAUGAUUUCUACGCUGCAGAUGGAAAAAAUAAAGGAAUUUCUUACAAAUCUUUCAUGCUAAAACUAUAAUACGUUCUAACUUAGACACUGAACAAACUUGCUCUUCAUUUGAUAGCCAUUGUCUCUCAACUGUCUGGUCAAGAUGCUCCUAGACCCACGAUGACAGGGGCCAGCGGCUAUGCCUCAUUCGACUUUGGUAGUCAUGGUCAAAUAUAUUACCAGGUAAAAUGAAUCUGUCAAGAAAAAUAAUCAAUAUUUAUGACAAUGAAAAGCAAAAAAUUCCUUAUCUAGUUUAUCGUUUUGGCUCUCUGCUGUUGCAGCCAUUUUACCUUUAUACUGAAUUUUAAAACUAUUAUGAAGAUGAAUAAGUUAGUUUAAAAAAUUAGCACCUGAAGAAGAUGCGUUAUGUACAUCAACUAUUUUAUGGCUGCCAUAGCCCGGAUGACAUAUAUAUAUACCGACGUAUAUACCGAAGGGUUUUAAUCGAGGGUUCACUCUUUGGGAAUGUUUCUUUUUUGGUUUCUAAAUGAACUGAUGUGAUAUUUUGAGCAGAGAGUGAAACGAAAGAAUAUGGCUCUAUCAACUAGGUGAAUAAGAAAAAAGGCAACGAAAAAGUGUUUCAAAAGCUCAAGUUUCGAGCACUGUUAAUAGUAGGCUUUUAAGUCAUGUUAGAGAAGACGGAGAUGGGGGUGGAGGGGUGGCAAAGAAAGUAAUUAUGUUACACUGUAAAUUAUUUUUAUUUAUUUAUUUUUAUUUUUAUUAUGACAGGUGUUUCUUUCUGGCCUGGUAAAUCCUGUCGAGGAAAUCACUUUACAGGCAACAAACAACAGACGAACAGUAAAGAGGCUGUCGCGAUCAGUAACCACUGAUGAACACGGUCAAGCUAAGGUCGGUGAGCAUGUUUUUUGUUUCCUAUUGUGGUUUUCUUUAUUUUUCCUGCGCACAACAAUUUUACGUUUUUCUCCAUUUUUCAUCUAAACGCAACAGCAAUGACAAUGCAGUUAUUCUUUAUAGCAUCAAUGUUUUAGCCUCUUUUAGUGUUGGGUGUUGCACGAAAAGUUAAACGCUGUGGUUUUGUGUGGUUACAACUACGCAGAACUACGGGUGUCAAAAGCUGAAUGCCGCAUGUAAUACUGUGAUCUUGUAUCGUGUGUCCGUGUCCUCAAGCAACUGGAUUGUUUUAAUAGAUUUUUAAUAUCCACCACAGGUUACCGGUGUCUGGGAACGGCCAUCAUUUGCAGAAACCUGCUGGCUCUUCAAUGGAAACAUCUUUAUUAACGUCCGUACCUCAAGUAACAGAAAUGGUGAAAUAUACGGAAAACUUAAACAAUUUCCUUAUAUGGGUCAUCAUCUGUCAUAUCGCGGUGAGGAGACAUUCUUGAAUCAAUCAAUUUUAUUCCUAAGUCUAGUAAAAAGGAAAUUAUCACAAUUUGUUACCUUUGAAAAUUGAGGUCUAAUUUGUUGGAAAUGAAUUGUAAUUGGUAUUCUUUCCGUAAAAAUUUUACAAAGUUGAAUGUACCAAAAACUCAAUUCUUACGAAAAUAAAGAAUAAAAAUAUCGAUUAUUUCGCUUUUAAAUUCCCCCCUGCCGCCAUUUUGAAUUGUUUGACGUCAUUUCGUAGAAGAUUAGAGAGAUUUUGAGUCACGUUUGAAUUUCUGCUAAGUGACCACGUUUUCCCUUCACUUGUCUUCAACUGUUCUUUACCUGACCAAAAAAUAAGUAGUCUCACGUUAUUUCAUCCAUAAGAAUUUUUUUAGACUGUUUUCAUCUGCUCAUUUUCUAUUUUGAGAAAUUGUCAACUUAGCCAGUCUGCCGUUUGCCGUAAACGUGAAUCGGCAGAAGUCAAACGUCAGAAUGCACCUCACUUCCUGUUCCUCAUCUCACCUUUCUUCAGAUCCUCCGAUGUUGUUAUCGGGUAACGAAGUAGUUCCCAGGAUCCAAACUGGCGCGGCGGGACAGGCCUGGUUCUCACUGGACAAACACUGUGCUCUGCACUAUCAUUUGAUGAUCAGUGGCAUUGAUCGUGGGCGCAAGAACUUGGUGACCGCGGAACUCCAGGGAUUUGCUGAUUAUGGCCAGGUUCCUCAGCCCUACGAUGAACACGUGCAGUUAUUAAAAUCAUUUGAAGGAGAAACGGUGAGUAACUGUGUCCUUGAUGCCAAUAACUAAUAGGCUCAAAGAGUUACGAAAGACACAAAAGACUAAAAACUGCCUCCCUGAAGCCAUUGUAUCAUCAAGUUCAUUAGAGUCUUUUAAAUCCAAUUUAUCAGCUUUUCUUAAGUAAUAGUUAUAUAGCUAUCUUUAUUUAAUUUUAUAUCAUUCUUAUAUAUUAUUUUACGAUUGGUGUGAUGUCUUAGCGCUUUUUAACCGACCUAAUAUAUGAUAUGUAGAUGUAGAUAUAACAACCUAAGACUGUUGCUCGAUUGAACGUAACAUGCUUGCUCGCGCGGCCAAAACCGAAAAUCCGUUCCUCGUUCGUUUCUCCGAAACUGCAUCGGAAAGCUUGCUACGCAAGCUAGCGCAACGGUGUCUGGGAUCGCGUUCGAGUGAACAAGCUUUACUUGUGAUUGAUUUAUGAUUGCCUUGAAUACCAUCGACCAAUCAUAACUAACGCUUGUCUACCUAAAUGAUCACAGAAAUCGUCACACCCCAAAGCAUGACCCACACUUCAGGCUAAAGCUUCUGAGGUGGGGAAUUUCUACUGAUGGAUGAAAAGGCCAUUUGGUCUGUUAAGCUUGGAAGAUCACAAAGUGAAUCAUGUGUGUUGAAAAACUCACCCUCGGUGUCAUGGAGAUGCCUUUAAAAACCAAAAAUAAUGACGAGAGGACAACCAGACGCACAUAAAAAAGGAAAAACCAUACUAUGGCAAUGCCUUGCUACAGAGUGUACAUAUACCCGAUAUAAAAGAGUACUUAAAAUGGGCAAAUUUUUUGGCUUUUCGCAUCUUAUACCGCCUUAGUUUAGCAACAGAACGGGAACGUCGGUUGACGACGGCGCGCGCAAAUCAAACGACUGGAUUGACCAAUGGCAGAGGGACAAGUUGGACACCGGAAGUCAAGUUUAGUCGAUUUCGCGCGCUUUCCCGUCGUCAAAUGACGUUGCUAAAUCAGCCUAUUAUGUGUCUUAGGUAUCAGGAUCGGUACGCAGCCUCAAGCCAGAUUUCCUGGUGAAUAUGUUCAAAGGAUUGGUUUAUUUGCAAGUCAGCAGUGAAGAGGUCCCACAAGGAGAACUUAGGAGUCAGGUCCUGGUAAACAGCGCACAUUGUAUACACGGUUCUCCACCGCUGCCCAUCAAUGGGGACUUCUGUAACGCUGGGAACAAAAGAUAUUACGAAGGCGAGUCGUGGAUUGAUGAGGAUGACAAAUGUAUAUCUUGUACUUGCAAGGUAACUUGAAGAGAAUUACUAACUAAAAAUCGCUAUAUUUUCCGGGGCUACUCUCAGGAAUUCUUGAUGGGGGUAUGGCACCCGGUUCUCCAAAUCACGACACUAUCUGUGAUAAAGAAAAGGCGAUUUUCCACACCCGUUUUUGAACCUGACCAUAAUCAUUUCCGUUUUCGGAUCUGGCUUCUGAAAGUUGUACCCUGUUUGCGAACCCAUUUCCUUGUUGAAGUUAAGCCAACUUUUGUUAAAGUAUUUUUUUGUUUUUUAAUGGUAGCUAACACGCUACAAAUAUGUUUACACACUGUCGAAGUUACCUUGAAAAACAUACCCGAUUUCAGGCCAGUAUGAGACUGAUCAGAUAAAUUUCGUUAUAUCAACCAAUGUGAUGGUCAAUGAUGGAGUAAAACUGCUAGGUUUUGAUCUACUGGCAACGCUCAAACUUCAGUUUCUUUAAUCUCUUUAGUGCGGUGGCGAACCUCAGGCCCAGGUCUUUUGCCUCGGAAUCUGGGAAGGGAAAGGCACUGGGGAUGAGUUAGACUUGUUACAAGUCGAUCUCACGAGUUUCUUAGCGAGCACAGCGAGCUUUUUAGGCCGCGAAGGCAGCCCAAGCAAGCGACGAAGUCGCGAGAGGUCUUCGUCCCGCGCCAUAUCAAAUCGGACGAAGGACUGUUUUGAAAGUCUAGGGAUGAGCAUAGUACGGGGGCCAAAUCCAGCAUAGCAAAACCAUCUUUCAAACAGAUUCGAUAAAGCUAAAUUUUGAAAAAACGAGAACAAAAAUUUUAACCUUUUCACUGCCAGAUGACAGGAGUAGCGAUAAGGCAGUUCUAACUUUUAGAGUCUGUGGACGAAAUGCUAUCUUGUGACCAUUCAAAUGUAAACCUCUUCAGCAGUACUUUCACAUGGUGCUAUUUGUUUUUCAGCAUUUCACACACGAAAAAAUGGACAUUUUGUGAAAUGUUGGCUUUGGACACUUUCGGCUGUGAAAGGGUUAAAAGUCCCUUUCAGCGGCUCAAUGCCCGUGAUACCGCUUAUCUAAAACUCAGUUUUGCUCCUAUACAAAACUUUGUAUUAUAUAAGCGAUAAAGCUCCAUCUGUUUUUUUUGGUUCCAGGAUGGUGAAGUUAAUUGCUCUAACAUCACAUGUCAGCCAUUAAACUGCACUGAAGCACCUAUAUUAUUACCUCACUCAUGCUGUCCGGUUUGUCCAGGUAAGCGCUUGAUUUUCUGUUACAUGAAGUCUUGGCGCCCUCUCAAACUCAACUCGAAGUGGAGCAUUGUCGUGCUACACGUCGACAGCUUAUAAUGGUACGUUUGCGGAAAUAUUUCGCUCAUUUUGUAUCAAGAAAUAAAAAUAAACUUCAAGUAACAACUGGUUUAGCUUGUUUUCAACUUAUUUUCAAAGAAUCUGCUUUUUCUCCCUCUACCUUGCAGCUUUGGAGGAAAAAGUUGUCAUACACUACGAAAAGAAGAAAAGGCCAUCACUAAAAGGCUGUUACGUAAAAAGAGACCGAAAAGUGUACCCCGCAAACGCUGUGUGGCACCCGUUUGUACAGCCGUUUGGUUACAUGAGAUGUCACGCCUGCACAUGUAUGGUAAGCGGUAGUCGGCUUCUGAUUAUUAGUGUGUGCGCUAAAAGUACUUUCAGUCAGACUGAGUGAGCGGCCAACUUUCAGUGAAAAAGGAAGUGUUCGUUUGAGUAUAAAAUCCUUCCUCCAACCACAUUUUUUUCUUUUCAAUGAGUUAUAAAAUAUUAAUUUAAUUUUUUUUUUACAGGACAAAAUUUCUUGUAUUAAAGUUACAUGUCCAGAGCUGCACUGCAAAAAUCCAAUUAAAUUGCGCAUGGCAGACUGUUGUAUGCGGUGUCCUGGUGAGUAGCUUGAAGGAUUAUUUUUCAACAAGUCUCAAUCUUUUGCUCGAAUAACUUCAAAAGGAUUGAUGUGAUCUUCCUAUGGUUAGUAAUAGGUUUGUGCUCGGCGAAUUUUAAAUCCUUUAUGUUUUAAACUUGUUCUUUUGGUCCCAGUUGCUCAAACGCUGGAUAGCGCUAUCCAACGUAAAAUAUCACUAUCCCGUGAAUAAGUACUGUCAGUAAAACUAACUACGUUAUCCACUGGAUAAAGAUUUAUCCAGUGAAUAAAGUUAUCCACCUUUUGAACAACUCGGCCCUGAUGAUAUCUUGGAAGAAGUGUUUUAGGCUUUUUCAUAACCGAAAUCUCUCCAUUCUCUCCUCUGAAUUUAGAUGGAGAAAGUGAGCGAUCAGACAACGACAGAAAGAAUAAAAAGGGUGGAAAAGGUAUGUAAAAGAUUAUUUAAAUUUUUUCAACUUUUCUGGUAAUUUUUUUGUAGUAUGUUGUUUUUCGUGUUGAUAAUGCGACCCCUCCCAUUGAAUGAAUUGAAAUAAAAAUGUUAACACAAUGAUAAUAAUGAUGAUGAUGAUGAAGAUGAUCAUAAUAAUAAUAAUAAUAAUAAUAAUUAUAAUAAUAAUAAUAAUAAUAAUAAUGAUAUUGAUGAUGGUGAUGAUGAUAAUGUUAAUCUGAUAAUAACUUUAUUUCUCCUAACCUACAUCCUUUUACUGUAGGAUGCAAUUUUCGCGGAAGUCAAUUCAAACACGGUCAAACAUGGAAACCUCAUUUUCCAUUGCCUGGUGUUUCAAAAUGCAUAACGUGUAGCUGUAGGGUAAGUAAUAUUGCUUCUUUAAAAUUUUCACUGCAUCUUGCUUGUAUCGGAAUUUGGUGUCAUACAUCGAAGACACUGAGUACUUCCUUAUUUAAUCAGUACUGUGUGACACAAGUUGUUGUUAGGAAGGUAUUAAACAAUUUCUCUCCGUUUUUAAGGAUGGAAGGACGAAUUGUCGGCGUGCCCCCUGCCCCAGAGGGCAAUGUCCUAACUCUCUUGAAGGUGCUAUGAGAAAAGGUUGCUGUAUCCCUUGCCCAGGUAAAUACCACGACAUGUUUCAUGAUUAA